AUGAGUGCCUCUUUACACAAACACCCUGAACCUGGCUUCAGGCUGGACCUUAUUGCUGCCAACGUGGCGAACCCAAAGUCCACGGGGCCGCUUCCUGCGUCCUUGACGACUCAGCUCAUGGAUCAAGCCAUCAACGCUUCAGCAGGCCGGCAUCGGGGCUGGGUGUUGUGCGGCUGCCCGUCGUCCAUGGAGGAGACCUCGGCCCUUUUCUUGGACCUCCCCGUGCCGCCAAGCGAGCCGGCAGCGGAUCCGAAGAAGAAGGCCAAGCCUCCCGAGGAGCCUGUGAUCCCAGACGACGCCAAGGUCAAAGAAGGCUUUCAAGUCGACAUGGUUAUUCAGGUUACCAGCGCCGACGAGGUCUGUUCUGCGAGGGCGCAGGCGGCAGAGGGCAAGCCGUACGUAGAGAAGGAGUUCCAAGCAGCCCUGGAUCUGUGGAAGAAGGAUACCGAUGCCGUCAGUCAGUUCUUUGUCGAGCGCCUGGGUGCUGGGCAGCUGGCUCUUUCGGCCGAUGCAGCGGCAGAGGCCGAGAAAGAAAAGCAUGAGGCCGAGGUGAAAGCCGCGGAGGAGGAGGAGCGAGAAGCACCUCCUGCCCCGGAUCCUGCAGAUCUCGUGGUCCUGGCGUCAGGAUCCUGGGCCUGGGUGGACAACGCGAUCUCCACCGUGGUGGAGGCAUUGGAGGUAGGCAGCUGCAAGAAAGGGGACCAUGCCGAGCCCAAGAGGGCCAAUAGGAACUCGCUGGCCAGCGGGGUGUUCAUUACCAGGAUGGGCGAGUAG